AUGCUUUGUUCCGUCUUUCAUACAGCACCGACAACGUCGUUUCUGUUAGUCUUAGCUGGCAUUAAAUUUGUUCAAGCUGACACGUUGUGUUCGUUGCCACCACUGACCUACGCGAAAGCCAAGACCGCAUAUCCGGCAUCAGCCUUUGCUAUUGAAGCAUUAGAGAAACACGGAAUUGCGACCUGGUACUCGGAUCGUAUAGAGAACGGAAAUUAUGCCCAGACGGCGGCCGAUUUAGUGGCGUCCUGUCCCGAAGAAUCACGACUUAGUGUCGUAGUCUACGGAUUGCCCAACAAAGACUGCGCUGCAAAGGAAUCGGCGGUGGGUAGUACCGUACACUCCGCUUCCGAUUACGUGGCAUUCCUAAACACGCUCACAUCAGCCAUCGGCAACCGAAAGACUGCCGUCAACCUAUUGUCUCAGAACGAGAACGCCGAAAUCUAUCUUGAUGUGGGCUACUGGACCCUCCAAUACCCCGGUACCUCCACUGCUGUGGCAGAGAUUGUCAAACAGCUCGCUUAUGCAGGAUCCAAGGUGAAAGGGAUUACGCUCAACACUUCCAACUAUCAAUCCACCAGCACUUUGGCUACACUCUGCAGCAAUUUCCAAACUGCUUUUGGUUCUACUGAUCUGCACUGCAUCUUCGACACGUCCCGCAGCUAUCAUGGUGGAUCGGCCUCGAACGAGUGGUGCAAUAUUAAGUGCGCAGGCAUUGGUGCUUUGCCAACUAGUGACACGGGUAUCAGCAACGUUGACUACUUUCUUUGGAUUAAGCCGCCAGGAGACAGUGACGGCACGUGUGCCGGGCAUGCGUCGGACUCGAUGCAGGGUCCUGGAGCAGGUAUUUUCUUCGACAAAAUGUUCCAGUCUCUUUGGAACCAAGGCAUUAUGGUUGCCGAAAAGGGAUAUCCCGCCAUUAACACGAUAAGUAACCUUACGGCUCCGGCAUCAAGCCAGCAGAAAAAUCACAACAAUCAGAUGGGUCUUGAGACUGACAUGAACUUCACAACUCUACCAUCACUCAAUGCGGUCUCACCAAAAAUCACCUCUUCUACCAUUACUCUGAAACCAAGCGCCGGUCAACUUAACGACCACUUAACCAGAAGUCAAUCACAGCGCCAGAAGCCUACCGAAUCUUCGCCUUCUUCGUCAGUCCCUGUGCCAAAGGUGAUCAACAGCCAACAGAUCUCAACCGAGAGCUCAGAUAGCAAAACGAUGGGGACUGGCGCGAUAGUUCUGAUUGCACUCGUUGCUGCAGCGGUGGUGACUUUCGCUGUCCUCACGGGUAUACGAAGUCGUCAGAAGAAGAUGUUGAACGAAGUCAAGACCCCGGAGUUUUCAGCAUUGGCUCCUUUGCCUACAACAAUUGUAAAUUUCCAACCCCAACCAACUGCACUUGCACGAGACUCCAACAUCCUGUAG